UAAUUUUCUCUACGUAAUCAGUCGUAAUUUUUCGAUUCAAUUAAAAAAAAAAAAUCAACCAAUUUUUGGUGUAAAUAAGAAAUCCGAUGCUUUGCUUCCAAAAGGAAUCACUUUUGCGACAUAACAACGCAAAGUGAGAAAGAGAGGCACGGAACCUAAAUUAAGGAUGCUUUCCUUGCUGUUCAUGGCUCUUCUAGCUCAAGCAAACAUCUCGGUGACAUCUCAACAGCUACCCAAAAACAUAUUUAUCCUCGCCGGACAGAGCAACAUGGCUGGCCGUGGAGGGGUUGUCAACGACACCAAAACCGGCAUUCUCAGAUGGGAUGGCAUUGUUCCUCCUCAGUGCCAACCGGAACCAUCAGUAUUCAGGCUAAGUGGCGACUUCACAUGGGUUUUAGCCCAUGAACCUCUCCACUCCGAUAUUGAUUAUAACAAGACUAAUGGAAUUGGACCAGGAAUGGCUUUUGCUAACGCUGUCUUAACUAAGGACCCGGCUAUUGGUGUUGUGGGUCUGGUGCCAUGUGCGAUUGGAGGGACUGCUAUCAGUCAGUGGGAGAAAGGAGGUUUUCUUUAUGACCAGUUAGUUCAGAGGACUCGAGUGGCCUUGUAUAGCGGUGGAGUUCUUAGAGCAAUGUUAUGGUAUCAAGGUGAGAGUGAUACCCUGAUCGAGGAAGAUGCUGAUUCUUAUAAGGGGAGACUAGAGAAGUUUUUCACUGAUGUCCGGGCUGAUCUGCAGCAUCCUUUUCUUCCAAUAUUCCAGGUGGCACUGGCAUCAGGAGAGGGACCUGUUAUAGAUACAAUAAGAGAAGCUCAAAAGGGGAUUAAACUACCGAAUGUGCACUGCGUUGACGCAAAGGGACUGCCGCUGGAGCCAGACAGGCUGCACCUUACUACUCCAGCUCAGGUUCAUCUUGGGCAAAUGUUAGCUGAUGCUUUCCUUCAGACUCGGUCUAGCCCAAUCCGCACUAGCAGCAGUAGCAGCAAUUCUUCAACUAGACAUUCUACUUUCAUUUCUUACCAUUGGCUAGGUUUAUUAUUUUUUUCCAUCUUCUUUUAUUGGUACAAGUAAUUGUUCUUUUUAUACAUUUUA